AUGUCUGCGCCGCUCAAAAAGAAGACCAAGCUGGCCGCCGCUCCGACGCUCGGCGUGAGCGCACCAAUCUCGCUCGCCGGGCCGGACGCGCACGACCUUCGCGAGACGCUCGCGCUCGAGCAAGAGUUGCGCGAGGCGCCGGCCGCUGGCGAGGGUGCGACGGCGUCAGCGGACGGCGCCGAGGUGUACGAGCGGCUGGUCGCAAUCACCGCCCAGUGGGUGCAGGCGGUCGGACUCCGUGCCGGGCUGAGCGACGAGCAGGUUCGUGACGCGGGGUGUGCGCUGCUGCCAUUCGGGUCGUAUGCGCUGCUCGAGGAGCUGAUGCCCGGCUCGGACCUCGACCUCGUCGUGGUGGUGCCGUACUUUGUGGAUCGCGCCGACUUCUUCGCGGGCGGUGGCCUCGGCGGCGCCCUCCUCGCCCACGGCGCCGCCAACCUCCUCGCCGUCGAGGAUGCUUUCGUCCCCGUCCUCAAGCUCUCGCUCGGCGGCGUGGCGGUCGACCUGCUCCUCGCGCGCGCCAAGGCGUCGAGCUCACACGAGAUCCAACCUAGACCGCACACCAUCACCGUCCCGCAAGUGCCGCGCCGCCCGUCGCUCACCGACACGCUUCACCUCUACUCGCGCUGCAUCGACGAGCCGGACGCACUCUCGCUCAACGGCUGCCUGGUCGCGGCGGAGGUGCUGCGGCUCGUGCCGAGCGCCGCCGCCUUCCGCACGGCGCUGCGCGCCGUCAAGCUGUCCCGAUGGAAGUUUGGCGACCUCGUCGAGGGGACCGCGCUGCCCGUCCUGCUGGCGCCACUCGCCGCCCGCGCUUCAGACCGCGAGACGGCCGCGCCACCCGCGACCCUCGGCCUCUCGCGAUCCGAAUGGAACCCGGCGUCGUGGAGGGACCGUUCCUACCUCAUGCCCGUCAUCACGCCCACCCGCCCGCGGCUCAACGCCACGCGGACCGUGACGAGAACGACUCUGGCGGUGCUGCGCAACGAGCUCGAGCGCGCGCGAGAGCUGCUCCAGACGCAGCAGAGCGGGGGCGCGACGGCGGUACUCGAGCGGUCGCCCUUCUUCAGCAGCUACCGCGGGUACAUCUGCGUCCACGUCUUCGCCGCCGCCGUCUCCGAGCAGCGGUAUUGGCGCGGCUGGGUCAAGUCCCGGAUCUCGCGCUUCGUUGGCGCGCUCGAGCGGUAUGGCCGUAUCGAAAGACUCCACCCGCUGCCUACCGCCGUGCGGGUCGAGCCUCCGCCUGCGGUGCUGCGGCAGAUGCAGCUCAUGCCGGCGGCGGCGGCGGCGGCGGCGGCGGCGGCCCCCGCUGCCGCGCCGCCGCCCGGUUGUCACUGCUGUUUCUUCAUUGGCGUCGGCUUUGCGCCCGAGCGGCUUGCGCCGCCGCCCGCCGCACGAUCGGCGCCUACCGACGCGCCCGACGGCACCAGCCUCGACCUGAGGGAUGCCGCCGAGGAGUUUGUCGAUCUGGUGGCGGGCUGGGAGCAGAUGCCGCGCCUCUGCCCGUCGGGGCAGGUCCACUUGUGCUAUUGCCGGCAGCCCGAGCUCCCCGCUGCGCUAACGUCCGGCUUCUUGCCCGCCGACGCCGCCGAUGACGAGGCGGACGAUUUCUGAGAUUGGCAUCAGCACGUCGUCGUCGCACGUCAAAACAUUUUCUUAUUUGUGAAGAGAGCGAUUAGUUUCGACCGCGAGUCGUUCUUUAU